CCGGACCUCAAUGGCUGGAAGCGCCGGCCAAAAAAAUUCGAAACGGUACCCUGGCGCUUCGGCAAAAAUUGGCGCGCAGGGGGAUUCCAGGCUCGGCAGCGAUAGCUGGGCCAAGUACUGGUGGUUUAAGAUGAUGCUGGCAGAAGAGGAAAUACAAUCACUUACUGAGAUAUUUGGACCAUUUUCCUUCUUUUCAUUUUCGCUCUUUGUUGGACUGUAUUUUGUGCCAGUACACACGUGUAUGUUGUGACAUCUGAUUAUCAUAUGCGGAGGGCGGCACUUCUUGCGGGACUUAUUUUCAGAAGCGGAGGAUUAGCAUUCACUCCUGUCAGCUUACCUUCGUCAAAGGAUGUCCGCGAGCAGUGCUCGGAAACGACGACGAGGAUCGAACGAGACAGGAUCCGAGCUAUUUUGUGGUUGCUGAUUGGUUGGCAUGGAGCGGAGCUGCUAAGGUUCACGAAGCCGAAUCGAUACAGAUUGCACAAGAUGCGCCAAGCCCUCGAGAAAGCCGAUUGAUUAUCUGGCCACCUUCUUCUCGUGCUGUCGCAACUGGUUGCCCUGCGCGGUAUGCCCGCCCCCCAUUCUUCCUCAUGGUGUGUUGCUCUCGCUUAUCCUCUCUUUUCCCUUUCAUCACGCCAGAGCCCUUUUUUCUUUUUUUUCUUUUUCCCUUCAGAAAACUGAGUUAACCCAGAAAAAAAGAAAUUUCACAUUUCGAAUUCUCUGCCUGGGUUUAAGGGUACAUUCCUCCGGGAUGCAGCGUGUAAAGCAGAUGCGCUUCCAGGUGUCGCAGUGUAAUGGGCGAUUCAUUUCGUUCCGGGAUUCCCAAUUCUCGUGAGUCGUGAGAGAGUAAUUAAGGAACUAACUCUUUCUGUUGGAGGGAGAGUUCGCUGAUUGUACAUUUUACGUUUUGUGACAUUUCUUUUUAAGAAGAUCGUAGAUCGUGCGUAGGCUUUCAUUGUUCUGCCCAACUUUCUCCACAAAGGUUUCACCUGCACCCAAUU